AAAAUUGCCUGACCCGACCGACUCCUCCAGUCGCCCAUCUUCUCACAAUCCACCCGUGACAUUGGGACUGCCACCACGAGAGAGCUCCCCCAGUCCACAACACCGUCCCAUCCGCUCUCCCGGACUCCAACACGCUCGUUCUGCUCUCUCCUCUCCUGCUGCCUGGCAGUCAUCGGUUCAUGACUUCAGGCAGCCUCGCCAGCCUUGGUGACCAUGUCUGCUUCACCAGAAUCUAGUCCGGCCAAUGGACAUGUGUCGCCUGUCGCAACAUCCGUCGCAGUUCAGCUACUAGACCCAGAGCCCAGCGACAGCGAUCUGUCCGAUGUCCAGGCCCCCGACGUCGCUUCUCCUUCCUCCGAUUCUGCCAACAACUUCGACUCAACUGCUCGUGAUGGUCGGGCGGUCGAUUUCGAUGGGGCAUCAAGUCCUAGUGACAAUGGUGCCUCUGAUGAUGCGGACUUUGAUGAGGUGGUCGAUAGCACAGCCUCCCCUCGCAGCGAUGGCCCGGCUGAGGGCGCCGCCUCAGCUUCUGACGACUCCCGGACAGCUCCCAAGCGCAAAGCUGGCGGCAGCCUAGAGGAAGACUACAUGCGGGAGAACCCUGAACUCUACGGCCUGCGGCGAAGCUCUCGUCCUCAACAGCGCAAACCGAUUGUCGGCGCAGAUGAUGACGACUCAGAGUCCGACUCCGUCGUCGUUCACCGGAGAGCUGCCAAGAAGCGACGGACAGAAAGAUCGUUGCCUUCCUCGAAGCGAGAUACCCCCUUACGGCAUACUCCUGCCGAUGACUCCGAUUCCGACACCUAUGGCGGUGCUCGAGCCCGAGCGAUCCAAAAGAAAGCUCGCCGACAGGCCAUGGCGCAACCUGCUUUGGCAUUCGCCGAGAAGAGGUGGAACAGUCGAAGGGCUGCUCAGGUCACAGCUGGCGCUUACCAAGAGAGUGACGCUGAGCUAGAUGACGACUCAGACGUUACCCCAGCCCAUUGGGCAGGCGCCGAGGAAGAGGACAACUCGCCCUACAUUGAAAAGAUUAUUCGACACGAGUUGAAAGAAGGUGCCGAGUGGAGCCCAGACCUGACCCGACAUGAUUUCAAGUAUUACAUCAAAUGGCAAGGCAUGUCCCAUCUGCACGACACGUGGGAAACCACCGCAAGUGUCGCCGGCUUCCGAGGCUAUCGCCGGCUGGAGAACUACUACAGGAAGUUUGUCGAAUUCGAACUGAGCAUGCGAUACGACGACGACGCCAUUACGCCAGAAGAAAGAGAGCAAUAUAUUCUCGACCGUGAGCGCGAGAACGAGGCACUCGAGGACUACACCAACGUCGAACGCGUCGUAGCGAUGCGUGAUGGUGAAGAGGACACCGAAUACCUGAUCAAAUGGAAGGGUCUGCAAUAUGACGAGUGCACCUGGGAAACAUCUGCCGAUGUAAGCGAGCGGGCGCAAGACAAGAUCGACCAGUUCAUCGAUCGGUCGCAGCGGAACUGGCAGUCAGACCGAAAGGAGUCGAACCCAGACACGAGAGGUCGCAUGACCAAGCUGGAGCACCAGCCGUCUUACAUCACGAACGGCGAAUUGCGAGAGUUCCAGAUGAAAGGUCUGAAUUUCCUCGCACUCAACUGGACCCGUGGCAACAACGUCAUUCUCGCCGAUGAAAUGGGUCUGGGAAAGACUGUCCAAAGCGUGUCCUUCCUCAGCUGGCUGCGAAACGAUCGUGACCAAGAAGGUCCAUUCCUGGUGGUCGCUCCGCUCAGUGUCAUUCCGGCAUGGUGUGAUACAUUCAACAACUGGGCCCCUGACCUGAACUAUGUUGUUUAUCUAGGCCCUGAGGCCGCGCGCUCAACUAUCCGCGAGCACGAGCUCAUGAUCAACAACAACCCAAAGAAGACCAAAUUUAACGUUCUUGUCACCUCGUACGACUACAUCCUUCUUGACGCAGACUUCCUGAGAACCAUCAAAUGGCAAGUGCUUGCCGUCGACGAGGCUCAUCGGUUGAAGAAUCGGGAGUCCCAGCUUUACGCUAAGCUCGUGAGCUUUAACAUUCCCUGCAAGGUCCUGAUCACCGGCACGCCCAUCCAAAACAACCUGGCCGAGCUGUCAGCUUUACUGGACUUCUUGAACCCAGGAAAGGUCCUCAUUGACGAAGAGCUGGAGCUUCUUGGGCAGUCGGAGAAACCUGAAGUCAUCGAUGAGCAAAAGGAUGAAGAACAGCGCCAGCAGACUCAAGAGAAGCUGAGUCAAUUACACAAAGCCAUUGCUCCCUUCAUCCUCCGUCGGACCAAGGAAACAGUCGAAUCGGACCUCCCGCCCAAGACAGAGAAGAUCAUCCGCGUGGAGCUCUCUGAUGUCCAGCUGGAUUACUACAAGAACAUCCUGACACGCAACUACGCGGCCCUCAGGGAUGCUAGCGGUCAAAAGCAGUCCCUGUUGAACAUCAUGAUGGAGCUGAAGAAGAUCAGCAACCACCCUUAUAUGUUUCAAGGCGCCGAAGAACGUGUGCUUAAUGGUAGUUCUCGCCGAGAGGACCACAUCAAGGGUCUCAUCACGAGCAGUGGCAAGAUGAUGCUUCUUGACCAGCUCUUGACCAAACUUAAAAAGGACAACCACAGGGUGUUGAUCUUCAGUCAGAUGGUGAAGAUGUUGGAUAUACUUGGAGACUACCUGCGCAUCCGUGGCUACCCUUUUCAAAGACUUGAUGGCACCAUUCCUGCCGGACCCCGCCGCCUGGCGAUCAAUCAUUUUAAUGCCGAGGGCAGCGACGACUUUUGCUUCCUUCUCUCGACGCGAGCGGGUGGUCUCGGUAUAAACUUGAUGACGGCGGACACCGUGAUCAUAUACGAUUCGGACUGGAAUCCCCAGGCUGACCUUCAGGCCAUGGCUCGAGCACAUCGUAUUGGCCAGAAGAGACCGGUCAGCGUAUACCGACUUGUCGCAAAACAGACAAUCGAAGAAGAAGUCGUCAAAAGGGCACGGAACAAGCUUUUCUUGGAAUAUCUCACCAUCCAGGCAGGCGUUACUGACGAGGGCAAAGCUCUGAAGGAGAAGUUCCAGGAACGUGGUGUCCAGGUGGACGAGGCUAAGACGUCCGAAGACAUUCAGAUGAUCUUGAAGAUGCGGUCACAGAACUUGUUUGAACAGUCUGGCAACCAGGAGAAGCUAGAGAAGCUCGACAUUGACGCCAUCCUGGAGCAGGCUGAGGAGACCAAAACAGCCGUCGAUGACAAACUCAAUCUCAGCUCAGGAGGCAUCGACUGGGACAACUGGAUGCAAGUCACUGACGUCAAAGUGGAUGAAAUGGCCCUGGACUGGGAUCAGAUCAUCCCUGCCGACCAACUUGCUGUCAUCAAGGCAGAGGAGGAGAAGAAACAGAACGAUGCGUAUCUUGCCAAGGCGAUGGAAGAGAACGCACCCAGGAAGGCCACGUUGAAGGGCGUCAAGAAGGGCUCGGACGCUGACAGGGCCGACCGGCUGGCGAAGAAGCGGGAGCGCGAGAGGCAAGAGCUCCAGGAACUCGAGGAACAGCGCGCGCUUUUGUCGGAUCCCAGACGGCCGCUGAACGAGAAGGAGACUCGCAACCUGAUUCGGGCUUUCUUCCGAUACGGCUCAAUGGAUGAUCGUGGGGACGAAGUAGUCUUUGAGGCUCGCUUAUCUGACCGUGACCGUGAUUUCCUUCACGAGAUCAUUGACGAUCUCAUCAGAGACAGCCAGGCUGCUGUCGACAUCAGUAACGAGAAGGUCCGCGAGGAAGAAGAACGCACGGGAAAGUCAUUGGCCAAGAAAGACAAGAAGGCUGUGCUUGUUGAUUUCGGAGAGGUCAGGAAGGUCAAUGCCGAGACUGUCGUCGAAAGGCCGCCUCAACUUAAACUCCUCCGCAACGUCCUGGCCGAGCAGGCCAAUGCUCUGAAUUUCCGCCUCCCGGAGGCUGCGAAAGCCGCACACUACUCCUGCGACUGGGGAGCCCGCGAAGACGGCAUGCUCUUGAUCGGCAUCGACAGGUACGGCUUUGGAGCUUGGACGCAAAUCAGAGAUGACCCGGAGCUGCAAAUGCAGGACAAGUUUUUCCUGGAGGAGCACCGUGUGGACAAGAAGGAGGAGCGGAAAAAAGGUGACGACAAGAGCAUCCAGUCCCCAGGUGCUGUCCACCUUGUCCGCCGUUCCGAGUACCUCCUUUCGGUUCUGAUGGCCAAGUAUUCCGACGAUGCCGCGGCCAAGAAAGCUGUCGAGAAUCACCAUCGCAGCAAGAAGAAUCUUGUCCUGAACGGGCAUCGCCGCAGCGACGUCCAUUCAGCUUCCGGAUCCCCCGCCCCUCAACUUCUCAAGAAAAGUGGACACAACAGGGAUCGUAACAGGGAGCGUCUGCAUAGCGACCAUCACAGAUCUCGCAGCAUCGCCGACGAGCGUGGCACUCCCCGGCCCGAGCACAAGAGGAAGCACACAGAUGACUACGAUGACCGCCAUAGUAAGCAUCGGCGAACGGACCAUGCCCACGGCGACAACAAGCAUGCCAAGGAUGACAAGAAUCGCACGAAGCUGGACACCGAGGCGCUUGAUCGUCUCAAUAGGAGACGCGAGGAAGCUGUCCAGCGUUUCAACCGCUUGAUGGAACUCGACGACAACAAGCUUGAUGUUCAGGACAAUGAACAACUGAUCUGGUCCUUGUUGAAGCCUGUCCGUGGCAAUUUCAAGCGCAUUAUGUAUACGACGCAGGAUCAUAUCGCAUCGGCCAAGGAGCGUGCCAAGAUCAUGGGCACCGAGCUGCGUCACAUUGGUAAUCACCUCACGGGUCUGAAGGAUGCUGGGCUGCCUGCCGAGCAGCUUGACGGGUUGAUGCCGCAGUUCUGGGAUUUCCUCUCUACAGUCUGGCCCAUCGGCGAGAUCGAGGUCACAGGCGACAAGCUUGCCAAGAUGUACCGAACACUCACAGACAAGGACAAGGGAAAGGACAAGAAAGAAGGCGGAGAGAAAAAGUCGGCCAAGAAGCGCGACGAUCUUGAAGACGGUGAGAUCGAUGACGAGGACGAAGCACAUCGUCAUGCGCGUAGGGAGGCGCGCCGCGACCUUAGCGAAGACAGCCGUCGUGAUUACCGACGGGACGACUACAGACAUCGUGCUUAUGAGAACGGAGACCGCCUGAGCUUUAGGAAAGAUCGGGAUCGACCUCUGAAUGACCGAGGUCUCGCCGACCGUGGCAGGCCAUCGUGGUCACCUCCAAAUAAUCAACACCGGCCCAGCCCAUACUAGAGACACUGACUCGCCAGACAGCUCUGGUAGAGGGCUGAUGUCAGAAAUCAGUAGCAUUUGGCUGGCACCCAGGAGGUCGAUGAGCUUAAACAAUGUCGUGCCGGGACGCGGCUGGGCUAUACCGGUCGUGACAAAACGCGAAGAACUCUCACACUGUUCACACACUGUCGGCUAUUGAGCCUGUGGGCUAAUGAACCAGAAGCAUUGUUUAGGCGCACUGAGAUGAUGUCCGUUACUUGGCGUUUUUCGGCUGUGAGGAGUUUUAUAUAAACUAAGUCAUACCCAGAGUCGCAUGUGGAUUAGGCAUACGGUUUUAUUUUCUUUUUUACACGCAUGGCUUUUGUCGCGUCACAGACAAAUGGCCCGUCUUACGGAUGGAACCAUGACGGUCCCUCCCUUGUCACGACGUCCGGGGAAAAAAUAUUGGUGGGUUCAGUCUGUAUUGCUCCAUAAAACACUAGAUUCGGCUACAGGACUACGAAGCUUUGCUCAUGACCGUCGGGCGAAUGAGGCCGCGGGGCCUGCUGCCAGUGGCUUGACACCUGGCGUGGUCUGCAUACUGGACUGAACAUCUGGAACAGUGGCUUGCUGUUUCUAUCACACGAUAGACAACAACAGCGUUAGUUGUAGUCAUCAGGGUGGGUGGCCGGGGGGUUGCUAUCAGAGACUAGGCCCUGCCCAGGAUUGACACUGGGAUGGGCGUAUCGAAUCAAAAGACAAGCUUAAGAGCA